GCGUUCCAGGAACAGACGGGAAGAGGAGGGGAGAGAAAAUCACAGUCCCAACACAAACAGUGAAAUAUAACUGCAAACUCCAUCUAAUACUGCGAGGCCUGUAAGCCAUCGGACUUCUCACAGGGCGUGGUUGCAGCUAGUUUUUAGAUUGUUUUUAGGAGUGUUCCCUCAUAUUUUCCUCGUCGGAUUUGACACGGAGGGAGUGAGUUGCCUGGCCGCCAUCUUUAGGACUUGUCUGUGAGGGGGAAAUCAAGCUUCUGGGCCACCGUUAGCCCUGGGGUGGAGUUUUAACAUUGUCAACUAGCAAAAUCAGGAACGUUAAGUUAUAAUCAAACCCUGUCGAUUAAAUACGCGUCAAAACUCGAUCGAAGGCCAGUUUGGACCUUCAACAGACUUAUCCUAACUCUGAUCUGGAUGGACAGCACUUCUUGAUUCCAGGCAAUAUUCAGUCCUCUUAAAACUGGCCUGUCGGACGGGUGUGGAUCUGCAUGCAGCCGCUGUCCUGCAGAUGAGCCGUCGGUGGGGGCUGUCGCGUCGCAGUCGCAGACCCAGAUAGUUGCUGGUGGCUGUGCUGCGGCCCCUCGCCCGCCCCCCGCUCCCAGCAUGCACAAGGGCGUCCGCGCCGGGAGCCUCAAGGACCCCGACAUCGCCGAGCUCUUCUUCAAGGAGGACCCCGAGAAGCUCUUCUCCGACCUCCGUGAGAUAGGCCAUGGCAGCUUCGGCGCCGUCUACUUUGCUCGGGAUGUGCGGACCUCAGAAGUGGUGGCCAUCAAGAAGAUGUCCUACAGUGGGAAACAGUGCAAUGAGAAAUGGCAAGACAUCAUUAAGGAGGUGAAGUUUCUUCAGAAAAUCCAGCACCCCAACAGUAUUGAGUAUAAAGGGUGCUACCUGCGUGAGCAUACAGCAUGGCUGGUAAUGGAGUACUGCCUGGGAUCCACCUCGGAUGUUUUAGAGGUGCACAAGAAGCCAUUACCAGAAAUAGAAAUAGCAGCAAUUACUCAUGGUGCACUGCAAGGGUUGGCCUACCUUCACUCCCAUAAUAUGAUUCACAGAGACAUCAAGGCGGGGAACAUCCUGCUGACCGAGCCGGGGCAGGUGAAGCUGGCGGACUUCGGCUCGGCCUCCCUGGUCUCCCCAGCCAACUCCUUUGUGGGGACUCCAUAUUGGAUGGCCCCUGAGGUGAUCCUGGCCAUGGACGAGGGGCAAUAUGAGGGCAAGGUGGACAUCUGGUCUCUGGGGAUCACCUGUAUUGAAUUAGCUGAGAGGAAACCUCCCCUCUUCAACAUGAAUGCCAUGAGUGCCUUAUACCAUAUAGCCCAGAAUGAGAGCCCCACGCUGCAGUCCAGCGAGUGGACGGAUUACUUUAGAAACUUUGUGGACUCCUGCUUGCAGAAGCUCCCUCAGGACAGGCCCACCUCUGAGGAGCUGCUCAAGCAUGCGUUUGUCCAGCGUGAGCGGCCCGAGUCGGUGCUCAUGGACCUGAUCCAGCGCACCAAAGACGCCGUGCGCGAGCUGGACAACCUGCAGUACCGGAAGAUGAAGAAAAUCCUCUUCCAGGAGGCCCACAACGGCCCCACCACUGAGGUCGCAGAUGAGGAGGAGGAGACGGACCACAGCGGCGUGGGCCGCACCGGCACGGUGAACAGCGUGGGCAGCAACCAGUCCAUCCCCAGCAUGUCCAUCAGCGCCAGCUCCCAGAGCAGCUCCGUCAACAGCCUGCCCGACGCCGCCGACGCCGACAACAAGAGCGAGCUGGACCUGCUGGAGGGCGACCGCACAGUCAUGUCCAACAACUCCGUCAUCCACCUCAAACCCGCGGGGGAGAGCUACCAGGAGGAGGAGGAGGAGGAGACUGAGCCCCAGAGCAGGCCCUCUGAGCCGGGCCAGUCUCCGCCCAGUCAGACCCCCCGCAGACCUCUCCGCAACCGCGAGCACUUCGCUACCAUCCGCACCGCCUCCCUGGUGACGCGUCAGAUCCAGGAGCACGAGCAGGACUCUGAGCUGCGUGAGCAGAUGUGGGGCUACAAGCGCAUGCGGCGGCAGCACCAGAAGCAGCUGAUGGCCCUGGAGAACAAGCUGAAGGCCGAGAUGGACGAACACCGCCUGCGGCUGGACAAGGAGCUCGAGAGUCAGCGCAGCAGCUUCUCCUCCGAGAUGGACAAGCUUAUCAAGAAGCACCAGGUCGCCAUGGAGAAAGAUGCCAAGACCUUUGCCAACGAUGAGAAGAAAUUCCAGCAGCAUAUUCAGAGUCAGCAGAAGAAGGAGCUCAACAGCUUCCUGGAGUCGCAAAAGAGGGAGUACAAACUCCGCAAGGAACAGCUGAAAGAGGAACUGAAUGAGAACCAGUCGACACCAAAGAAGGAGAAGCAGGAGUGGCUCUCCAAGCAGAAGGAGAACAUCCAGCACUUCCAGGCGGAGGAGGAGGCCAACCUGCUGCGUCGCCAGAGGCAGUACCUGGAGCUGGAGUGUCGCCGCUUCAAGAGGCGGAUCCUCAUCGCCCGUCACAAUGUGGAGCAGGACCUGGCCCGGGAGGAGCUAAACAAGCGUCAGACGCAGAAGGACCUGGAGCACGCCAUGCUGCUGCGCCACCACGAGUCCAUGCAGGAGCUGGAGUUCCGUCAGCUGAACAUCAUCCAGCGGCAGCGUGCCGACCUGAUCCGCACGCAGCACAUGACCGAGCUCACCAACCAGCAGGAGUACAACAAGCGCCGCGAGCGCGAGCUGCGCCGCAAGCACGUCAUGGAGGUCCGGCAGCAGCCCAAGAGCCUCAAGUCCAAAGAGCUCCAGAUCAAGAAGCAGUUCCAGGACACGUGUAAGAUCCAGACGCGUCAGUACAAGGCGCUGCGCAACCACCUGCUGGAGAACACGCCCAAGAGCGAGCACAAGGCCGUGCUCAAGCGCAUCAAGGAGGAGCAGACGCGUAAGCUGGCCAUCCUGGCCGAGCAGUACGACCACUCCAUCAACGACAUGCUCUCCACGCAGGCCUUGCGUCUAGACGAGGCGCAGGAGGGUGAGUGUCAGACACUGCGCAUGCAGCUGCAGCAGGAGCUGGAGCUGCUGAACGCCUACCAGAGCAAGAUCAAGAUGCAGACGGACGCGCAGCAGGAGCGCGAGAGGAAGGAGCUGGAGCAGAGGGUGUCUCUGCGCAGGGCACUGCUCGAACAGAAGAUCGAGGAGGAGAUGCUGGCCCUGCAGAACGACCGCCUGGAGCGCAUCCGCUCGCUGCUAGAGCGGCAGGCGCGCGAGAUCGAGGCCUUUGACUCGGAGAGCAUGCGCCUGGGCUUCAGCAACAUAUUGCUGGCCAACAUCUCCCCGGAGGCCCUCAGCCACAGCUUCCCCGGGGCCCCGGCCAGCUGGGCCCCCCAGCAGCAGGGCCCACACCACUCCAGCAGCUCCCAGGGGCCCCACUGGGGCAGCGGAGGGAGCGGGGGCAGCCAUCAUAGCGGCAGUGGCGGCAGCGGCCACCACUACUACCACUCCAGUCCGGGAGGGAGCCAGAGCAGCGGAGGCUCGCCGUGGGGCCACCCGUCGUCGGGGGCCAUGCCAAAAAGCAGCGUGGGGGUGGCGCGCAACAGCCCCCAGGCCCUGAACAGGACCUCGUCGGGGGGCCACGGGGAGCAGCCCAUGAGCAGGAGCACCAGCAUCACCUCGCAGAUAUCCAACGGCUCCCACCUGUCCUUCAUGUAAUGCUCCCCAGCACAGCACAGCAGGGCCAGGUCAAAGGUCAGGGUCACGGUCAAGCUCUGCUACAGCCUACACUUCAGAGGGAGCGAUAGGGACAUGGCACCUCCUCUUCUCUUAGCGCCUCCUCUCUUCUCUUAGCGCCUCCUCUCUUCUCUCUUCAUUUGGCUCUCUUCCUACUCUACUUCCAUUGUCUGUGUGUGUGUGUAAAUGAGUGAGUCUGUGUGUGUGCGUGUGUGAAAAUGAGUGAGUGUGUGGGUGUGUGUGAUUUUUUAAGUUGUGCAGUUUUGUGGGUGUUUACAUUGCAGUGCACUUGCCCAGCACAGGUCAGCCCAGUGCACGUGUGUCUAUAAAUACAUAUAAACACUACUUCUGUUACAGUCUCACAGCAUUGAAUUUGAGUUUUUCUUUAUUUUAUUUGAACCCCCAAACUUUGUUUUUUUCCAGUUGUUUUCUUCCAAAAAAACAGCUUUUUGUUUUAAAAAUUGCCCCUUAAAACCCAAACAAUAAGGACUUGUGUGGCCUCUAUCAUCAGGAUUAGUGUGUGUUGUGGGGCAGUGAGAGUCUCGGAUGUGCUGUGGAGAAACACUGGCCCACCUCCACCCAGCCGCAGAAGUCCCCCUCCACCUGUCCUCGUACCAGAGCAGGGCUGGAGGUGUGGAGGGGUUGGAGCAGGGUGGUCCUUAAGUAUGUCCCAUUCACUCCACAGAUCAUGAAGUGGACUGCAGUGAUGAAGCUACAGGAUAAUUUAAUUGACAUAGUUUUUUCUGAACAGGGUGUUGACAUUGCUUUGCAGUGUAGAAUUUGCCAUACAAUUUCCCUUUAUUUAAUCAUAGACUUCUUUCUGUCCUUCAUUCUUGAGAGUUUUUUUUUAUAUAAGGUGACUUGAAGAUGAGUUAGCGUGUCCAGGUUUUUGCUAAGCUCCUUGAAAUGAGAUUCAGGUAUGAAACUUGUUAACAUGUUUUAUUAUUCUCCCCCUCUAUAGCCUAGCUCUUGUAUCAAAGCAGGGGGGUUGUAGGGGUUGCACUUUUGAACCCUCCCCCCUGUCUCUGAGCGUGCCGUCAUGUGAUCUGGGUCUUGCUCGGUGGUGGACUGUGUGGACGAACCCCAACAGACCCAGGUUGAGUAAAUGUUCCCAGCGUUUGGCAUGUGGGCCAAUGGGAGGAGAGCUCCUCCAAGUCCUCUUCCAGUGAGCUCGGCACAGCCGUUAUGGGGAAUGUGCCUCCUCCCUCCCCUUUUAAGCGGGCUUGGAUGUGCAAGGCGGGGCCAGCCGAACGCACCCCCCCAGUCAGUUCCCGUUAACAUGCACAUGGGGUCCUGGAAAUGCCCAUCUUGAUUUAAGAGGCCAGAGUCUUCUCUAGGCCCAAGGAGAGGAUGUUACAUUGCAUAUGAGCGGUCCAGUGCUGCAGAAAGGCUGCCUGCCCUGCCACCUAGUGGCGUGUUUGUGAUAUACAGUUGCUCCCAGGUUUGUAAGGAUUAUUUGUGUCUUUGUUUGUUUGUUUAUUGUUGUUGAACAACAAUAGCCCCAGCUCCCGUGUCAUACUAACAUUCAGCCAUUGGGUGUAACUUAUUGUAUACUUCCCAAGGAUUAUUAGGGAUCCCAAAGCCAAAAGCAUAGUGUUCAGUGCCUUGAAAUGAUUAUUUAGUAUUGAAGUAUGUACAGUACUGAGCAGAAUAAUGAAUGUUAUAUUGUUUCAGAUAUAGUCCCAAAUGAAAAUUAUAUUUUUCAAAUGCAUAUGUUGAAAUAUGCUGUAAUGUAAGAGAUAAAGAUUGAUGAGGUAUCUAUCCCAUGCCAGCAAACAUGCAUAGAGUUUACGCCAAACUAAUCGCAGUGUUAGGACAGUGGUCAUUUUCCAUGGUGCCUUGUAUGGCAGCUGCCAAGUAGAAGCACUUUAUUACAGCUGUCAUAUGGGUUUCUAAUCGUGUGUGUGUGUGUGUGUGUGUGUGUCUCUUGAAGUGAUGCAAGCCUGAACGCCCAGGUGUACUUGCACAUAAUAUGUUUAACUGGUUGAUGAUUCAGAAUGUACUGUAAGAAGUUACUUGUUUUUCUUUGCCAAGCUUGGUCAUGUGUUAUUAGAAGGUUUAGGUAGUCAGGUGAGUUACUGAUUUUUAAAUGGAGCCUUGAGGCGAUGGCACUCAAGUGGAAAUAUUGUGUCGGAGGUUUUUUGGGGUGGUGGUAAAAACUGAGUUUCAGAUUCUGUUUCCCUACAGUUGAAUCUUGUGUUUGUGGGUUAGACAUCUCUUACUGGGUGGAGUUGAAUGUGGAUUGCUUUCACUACUGAAAGGUCUGAUGAAGCUUGGUUGAAGGAGUAGAAUUGGUGCCACAGUCAGGGCUUACUCACAAGGCUGAAUUGAGCGGAGAACAGAGGGUGUUUGUGUGUCGUUGUUGUUGUUAUUAUUGUUGUUGUUGUUAUUGUUAUUAUUAUUAUUAUUAUUAUUAUGAAAAAUGCUUCUGUUAUUGCUCCUUCUCCUUUGAAGAACCCUGAUGGCUUGUUCGGAGUGGGCUGGUGUUUCUCAGAUCUCACAGCGCCACACUGAGGCACACAUCGUCCCUCAAUACGUAUUAAAUACAAAACACUAUGCACCCAAUCAAAGCACAUUAGUCAAGGCUAAUGAUUUCUGCAUAAUUAUUGCAGUAUUUCCAGAGAAAAAGGUUCUGAUUCCAUCACCAACUCAAACCCUCCGCAACGAUACUUUCUAUGCAUCUUUAAAAGUGUUUGACUAAGCACUUAGGCAGAAUGCACAGUGGCAGGGAUGGUGUGUGUGUGUGUGUGUGUGUGUGUGUGUGUUUACACUUGCUCAUUUUUUCACUCUGUCUCCCUCCUGUCCAUCCAGCGUGUUUUUUCUCUCUCUCUCUCUCUCUCUCUCUCUCUCUCUCUCUCUCUCUCUCUCUCUCUCUCUCUCUCUCUCUCUCUCUCUCUCUCUCUCUCUCUCUCUCUCUCUCUCUCUCUCUCUCUGCCUCUCUCUCUGCCUUUGAGCUGGGCUGAGGGCACAUGCUGCCGAGAGCCUCUGUGGUUUUCUGGGUAGACGAGUGCUGCUGCCCCUGCUGUUCGCCCCCUGCUGUUCACACUAAAGCAACACACCUGAAGGCUUCGGAGAGCGAACACACCUCUCCAUGGGACAUUUGAGGCCUGGGGACACUUUAAUGCAUUUACUAACUUUUAAGAGGUUUGAGAAAGCAGAACACUUUAAGAAAUGUGUGUGUGUGUGUGUGUGUGCGAGAGAGAGAGAGAGAGAAGGAGGAUGUGUUUGUGUAAAAUUGUAAAUUAUGACCGAAAAGGUCAAUGCAGAAAAAAAAAACAACCAAUGAACCAACAGCUUUUCUUUUAGUUUCUUGCUGAAGACCAGAGCAGAUUGAGAGAGGAGCCGUUUGUGCCGGGGUGAGGACUGUGCCGCGGUGUGUCCUGAGAGACCGUGGCAGGAGGUCCCUGCAAGUCUCAAAAGAUCAGGGACUAGUGUUUACAUGAUGCCACCUAUGUGCACACACACACACACACACACUUCAGGCUCCUGGCAAGCCACACCCACACCAGGCUCCUGGCAAGCCAUUGCCCCAUUAGAAUGAGUUGGCACUUCUCAACUUCACCAUGCCAGAAAGCAUUUUUUUUUACGUUUUGUUUUUAGCAUUGCAAAGAAUGUAACGCUUCCACUGUGCACCAGAAAAGACAAGACUUAAGCUGUUUCUUGGCCACUGAAAAAAAAAAAAUAUGGCAGACCUCAGGUUGUCAGUCAAGGUUCAGGUUCAAUCGUCUGAUCCAGGAACAGUUUUUGUCAAACCUGACUUCCUGCCUCCACCACCUCAGCUGUGUGUCCAUGUCCCUCCCCCUUCCCCUCUGCCUCAGACCAGCAGCAUCCCUCAGGCGUUCAUCACCUUCCACUGGUUUGAACUGUACCCCUAUGGCUAAGUUGCCCUCAUGUACAUACUGAGGGCCUUUGUUGAUAUUCUUGUUUUUGAUAAAUGUCCGUGAGAGUGAGGCUGUAGAGGUGUUUUGUUUCCCCCUGGCCCUAUUAAUUUUAUUUACCCGACAUCUCCUCUCCACAUCUGUGGACAAUUAUUUUAGUAUUAUAAUGAUACUCACCUUCUUUUAUGUCCUACUGACUGAACGUAUAGAAAGAGAGUUAAAGGAAGGGGGAAACCUUUUAAUAUUAAACCUUUUGUUUGUUUUUUGGAGAUACAAAAAAAAGCGUAUUAGAGGUUCAGCCUCUGGUCGAACACUGUGCCAUCUACAGUAUGAGCUGCCAAGCCCAAACACUACUGCAUUGGCCCCACUCUGGAGUAUCCUUCCGCCUCGGGACGGGAAUGAGAACUAGUUCCGGCAGUAACCAAGAGGAGGAGCUCAUAGCAUCCCAUGACUCAAGCAAAGCAGUGGAGAUGGGGAAUAAUUUUAAAGAGGAAAAAAAAAAUCCAUUUUGUGUGUAUAGAGUAUGUCAGUAUUCACCCCCUUCCACAUCACCACUACAACCCAUGAGUAACCUGUAUUAAACUGUAUAGAUUGUGAAACAUGUUAUUGAAUGUCUAAAAAAAGAUUAUACAGAUUAUACAUAAAAAAUUUAAAGCAAAACAGAAGCAAAAGCAUUGAAAUUGUAUGAAAAUAUAAAACAUGGAUAUGAAAAGAGUCUAGGGUCAAAUGUACUAUUUUGUUUGUACUGUAAUUACUAUUUGAUGGAAGAAUACUGGAGAGAUCAGCUGUAAUAAAGUAAUUUUAGUACA